CCGGUGCGCGCGGUUUGAUGAGGCGCUGAGCGCAGCCGGCGCGCACGCGAUUGCGACACGCGGCAGGGGCGCGCGCGCGCAAUCAAUGCCACCGAGGAGUUAUUUUUGCACCGGCCGGCGGCGGCGGAGAUAGCGGCCCCGCGCGCGCGCGUCCAGGCGACAUUUUUAGCGCGCUUAUUUUUUCUCCAGCCGGGGACGCGCCGCGACGCGUCGCAAUGCUAUUACACGUCUCUAUCCAGGUCCAGCUGGACAGCAACUUGUUAUUUAUAAAUAUAAAUAGAUGCGCCCGAGACGCGGCCGGCGGCCGGCGCCGCAUUAGCUGGACAAUAAAUGGGCCCAGUUAGAUAAUGCGCGUGGUGUCGCGCGCGGCAAAAGGAAUGCGCGAAGUUCGCACGAGCGAAACUUUCGCGCUAUGAAUAACUGCGCCAGCGGCGAGUGCGACCGCCGGUGUCGGUCGAACGGCAGCGCCGACAACGAGGGGGAGGACGCCGACGAGGAGGGCGGCUGGCGAGGGCCGCCAGCCGAACAGCGCUAUCUGCUACGAUGGCAUCGCCACGCACCGACCAUCACCGAUCACCUGCCUGCCAUCUACGAGAAGGGAUUAUUCGCGGAUGUUACGCUCGCCGUCGACGGGCAGUCCCUGCAGGCGCACCGACUGAUUCUCGCUUCUUGCAGCAGCUACUUUUUACAAAUUUUUCAAGAGGCUGACAGGAAUAAUAUUGAGCAUCCGUAUGUAGUACUAUUAAAUGCGCACCUCGACGACAUCCGUGCCAUUCUCAACUUUAUCUACAAAGGCGAAUGUUGUGUAUAUAAACAUAGAAUACCUGAGUUUCUCGCCACGGCAAAAAGUCUGCGUGUUUCCGGUUUAUCCGAUAUGCAAUUGGAUGACUAUCACAUUUUACAAGACAAACCAGAGAAUAAAUCGCCCUCUGUCGGCUUAGAAGUGAACCGUAGAAUCCCGCAGACGUUGAUUUUACCACCGCCAUCAACACCUGCACCACCCCCGAUCGAAAAUCAAACCCCAGCGGCUCCGCCGCCACCGCCUACAGGCAAAUGGCACAAUAGCCGCGACGUACCCGAGACUUGCAAGUGUUUCGUGUGCGGAAAAUACCUCAGUAACCAGUACAAUCUGCGCGUGCAUAUGGAAACGCACGUGGAAACAUAUCACGCCUGCGGGUCCUGCCCGCACGUAUCCCGUUCGCGCGACGCUCUUCGCAAACACAUGUCCUACCGGCAUCCCGACCAGUACAACGCACGUAAACAUAAGCGAAACAAUAAUAACAACAACGCCAACAAUAAUUUAUGAUGUCGCAUAUUAUCUAGUCCUAAUGGAUGAUAUGACAUGUUAUGAUAUUGUGGAGUUACCUUUUUAUUUUAUUUUCAAGACUGCAGCAUCAGAGCUUCGCCGCCGCUUUCUUGGCGGCGACCUUCUCGAGGAACGUGUGCGCUUCGGCAUACGCAGGAUUGAAUUCCUCGCGCACGCGCUUCAGCCAUGCGGAGAGCACUGGUCUGUCGGUGGUUGGAUCGUACCCAACCAAUCCUGAAAUCGAGAUGAUAUUGUUAUACGACUUUUGUCGCGAGUCGAAUGUAUUGCGAUAUGUUAUUAAUAUGAAAUUAUCGAUUGUUAAAAGUUUGUUUAAAGUUUAAA